GGAGUGUGGUAGAGGAUGACAUAUGUUACGACGUACUCAAGGUUUUAGAUUCACACAUUAUAGUCAGUGUAGUAGACGAUGAACUAGGAUAUGACGUACUCAAGGUUGUAGAUACACACAUUAUAUGGAGUGUGGUAGACAAUGACCUAAAAUACGACGUACUCAAGGUUUUAGAUACACACAUUAUAGUCAGUGUGGUAGACGGUGAUAUAGGAUAUGACGUACUCAAGGUUUUAGAUUCACACAGUAUAGUCAGUGUGGUAGACGAUGACCUAACAUAUGACGUACUCAAGGUUUUAGAUACACACAUUAUAGUCAGUGUAAUAGACCAUUACUUAGGAUAUGACGUACUCAAGGUUUUAGAUUCACACAUUAUAAUCAGUGUGGUAGACGAUGAACUAGGAUAUGACGUACUCAAGGUUGUAGAUAGACACAUUAUAUGGAGUGUGGUAGACAAUGACCUAAAAUACGACGUACUCAAGGUUUUAGAAACACACAUUAUAGUCAGUGUGGUAGACGAUGAUAUAGGAUAUGGCGUACUCAAAGUUUUAGAUACACACAUUACAUGGAGUGUGGUUAUAGAUACACACAUUAUAGUCAGUGAGGUAGAUGAUGACAUAGGAUACAACAUACUCAAGGUUUUAGAUACACACAUUAUAGCCAGUGUGGUAGACGAUGACAUAUGUUACGACGUACUCAAGGUUUUAGAUUCACACAUUAUAAUCAGUGUGGUAGACGAUGAACUAGGAUAUGACGUACUCAAGGUUGUAGAUACACACAUUAUAUGGAGUGUGGUAGACGAUGACCUAAAAUACGACGUACUCAAGGUUAUAUAUACACACAUUAUAGUCAAUGUGGUAGACGAUGACCUACGGAUACGUGUACUCAAUGUUUUAUACACACACAAUAAAGGGAGUGUGGUAGACAAUGACACAGGAUACAACAUACUCAAGGUUUUAGAUACAAAUAUCAUAGCCAGUGUGGUAGACGAUGACCUAGCAUAUGACAUAAUCAAGGUUUUAGAUAGACACAUGUCAUCCGUGUUAGACGAUGGCCUAGGAUAUGGCGUACUCAAGGUUUUAGAUACACACAUUAUAGUCAGGGUAGUAGACGAUGACCAAGGAUACAAGGUACUCAAGGUUUUGGAUACACACAUUAUAGUCAGUGUGGUAGACGAUGACCUAGGAUACAACAUACUCAAGUUUAUAGACACACAGAUUAUAGCCAGUGUUGUAGUUGAUGUCAUUGGAUACGGCAUACUCAAGAUUUUAGAUCCUCACAUUAUAGUCAGUGUGGUAGACGAUGACAUAGUAUACGACAUACUCAAGGUUUUAGAUACACACAUUACAGCCAGUGUUGUAGUCGAUGUCAUAGGAAACAACAUACUCAUGAUUUUAGAUCCUCACAUUAUAGUCAGUGUGGUAGACGAUGACAUAGUAUACGACGUACUCAAGGUUUUAGAUACACACAUUAUAGUCAGUGUGGUAGACGAUAACUUUGGAUACGACGUACUCAAGUUUUUAGAUACACACAUUAUAGUCAGUGCGGUAGACGAUGACAUAGGAUAUGACGUACUCAAGGUUUUACAUACAUACAUUAUAGUCAGUGUGGUAGAUAGUGACAUAGGAUACGAGAUACUCAAGGUUUUAGAUACACACAAUAUAUUCAGUGUAGUAGACGAUGAUCUAGGAUACGGCGUACUCAAGGUUUUAGAUACACACAUUAUAGCCAGUGUGGUAGUCAGUGUGGUGGACGAUGACAUAGGAUACAACAUACUCAAGGUUUUAGAUACACACAUUAUAGCCAGUGUGGUAGACGAUGACAUAGGAUACAACAUACUCAAGGUUUUAGAUACACACAUUAUAGCCAGUGUGGUAGACGAUGACCUAGGAUACGACGUACUCAAGGUUAUAGAUACACACAUUAUAGUCAGUGUGGUAGACGAUGACCAAGGAUAUGAUAUACGCAAGUUUUUAGAUACACACAUUAUAGUCAGUGUGGUAGACGAUGACAUAGGAUAUGACGUACCCAAAGUUUUAGAUACACUCAAUAUAGUCAGUGUGGUAGACACUGCCGUACGACAUAAUCGAGGUUUUAGAUAG